AUGGGUUUAUGGAACUACCAUGUAGAGGACAAAAAUCUUUGCUUUCAAGCUCCAAAUUUCAUUGAAUGGCUCAAGCCAACUUCAACAUCUCCUUCUCCUUCUUCAUCUUCUUCUUCUUCUGUAAGUACUCAACAAUUUCAGCUUACAGACCCCAUCAACAUACUAAAACUUCCAAUAAGCUUGUUCCCUCAACAGGAAGAAUCAAUGAAAGAGACAAUUCAAUGCUUGCCUCUGCUAAGCAGGUUUACAGAGAAGAAGACACUAAAAGAGGAAGAAGACAUGGAAGUGCAAAAGAGUACUGCUGGAGUUAAAGAAGAGAAGAUAGAGAAGGUCACAGUGGCUCUGCACAUUGGAUUGCCUAACAGUGGAGAUUCUGAAGUUGAUACUGAGGUUUUUGACCUCAAGGAAGAAAUAUCCAUGAAGAAAAAAUUUCAAGGAUAUUCUUUCAACUCAGAGAGUAGGUUUUGGAUCCCAACUCCGGCACAGAUCCUUGUUGGGCCCAUGCAAUUUGCUUGCUCUAUCUGCAGCAAGACCUUCAAUCGGUACAAUAACAUGCAGAUGCAUAUGUGGGGGCAUGGGUCCGAGUUUAGAAAGGGACCAGACUCACUUAAAGGAACACAACCAGCCGCAAUGCUGAGGCUACCAUGCUAUUGCUGUGCACAAGGGUGCAAGAACAACAUCAACCAUCCACGAGCUAAGCCAUUGAAGGACUUCAGGACCCUUCAAACCCAUUACAAAAGGAAGCAUGGUGCUAAGCCAUUUAUGUGUCGAAAAUGCAGCAAAACAUUUGCGGUUAAAGGAGACUGGAGAACACACGAAAAGAAUUGUGGCAAGCUAUGGUAUUGUACUUGUGGCUCUGAUUUCAAGCACAAAAGAUCACUCAAGGAUCACAUUAGGUCUUUUGGCAAAGGUCAUUCUCCUCACCCAUCUCUUGAAGGUUUUGAAGAUGAGAAGGAAUGCAUCACUGGAUCUGAAGACGAAUUUGCUCAUUAG